ACUAAUCAAUUUCCUUAAUUCCUAAUUAACCACAAAUAUGAAUUAAUUAAUUACCUAUAAACCCCCCAUCUUAAUCGGCGCCACUAAAACUAAAAAAGACUGAACCCGACCGUUGCAAGAAAAAUUCAAACUCCAAACCCCACCACCUCCCAUUAUAAUCUCUCCCCACUUUUUUUCAUUUCUCAACGUAUACUUUUUUUUCUUUUUCUUUUUUUGCAAAAGAGAGGAAUUUAAUUUUCUUUACCUGAAAAGAAUUUGCAUUUAAAACAAAAGUUUGAAACUUUAAAUGGAAUUCAAAUAUACAGCAGAAACAGACGGAAAAAUAGAUUCUUGAAAGAGGGGAAAAAGCUAAAAAGGAAAGCUAUUUAGUGUUGCACGGAAAGAGUGAGUUGGGCUCUCUCGCAUUUCUCAUUUUCUCUCACGAGAAUUCGCAUUGUGAAAUUUCUCAAAUGUCGCAUCAGAAGCUACAAUCCGAUUCAGUUCAUGGGCUGAGAUAUCGUGGCAGUAGCCUCGGUUUGCCUUCUGUUUCGAGAUAUCGGAGCGGUCAUAUGAAUGUCAGCCGGGUAAUUAAUGACCUGUCGGAGUCUGACAUGGACACUUCAGAUUCCGAGGAUGACCGCUACGGGGCCCGCUACUCCCCGGAAGCUUCUCCGCAAGAUGAUAAAGUCCCCAGUGCUAAACACAAUGUGUAUAUCAAUGCACGCACUACAGGUGGUGGUGGUGGAUUUAGUAAUAAUGCGAACCGCGGUUUUGUGUACGAUGAGUCGUCGGAAUCUGCCACGAGUUCGGAGGUGAACUCUACACCGCCUAGGGGCAAAAGCAAUAAUGGGGUUUUGCUCGAGAGGAAAUUUGAUCGAGGGGGUAACUUUUUUGGCACGAGUAGUAAUGUGCAGCCAAAUAAGGAUUCUCUGAAACAGGAAUUGCGCAAUGAAAAACAGCAGCAUAAAAUCUACGAUGAUGAUGAAGAUGAUAUCCCAAGUGCGCCCCCAUUAGCAAGCUCUUCUUUUCAGCCUUCAAAUCAAGUCUUCGAGAAACUUCCGAUUUCUCGAGCUGAUGACUCCAACACUUGCUCAGCAAAAUCUGAGAUUGAACCUAACAAGUGCAAAAGCACAAUUUCGAGUUCUGCACAAGAAGUCGAAACUCCUGCUGAAGUAUCUGUAAGGAAUGCAGCUGCUGCAUCUUCUUCUAACCCUUUGCCAGUUCGAUAUCCUACUUAUCAUGCAAGUGGGCUAGGUUAUUGGUAUGCUGUUCUCUCGUACGAUGCAUGUGUACGUCUAUGUCUUCACUCGUGGGCCAGGGGCUGUUCUGAAGCUCCUCCUUUUUUGGAAAACGAAUGUGCUUUGCUGAGGGAUGCCUUUGGGUUGAAACACAUAUUGUUACAAUCAGAAGAAGAACUAAUGACCAAAGAUUCCUCAGAACUUGUCAGUGAAGGUGCUUCUAUAAAGACUAAGAAAACAAUCGGCAAAAUUAAAGUCCAAGUGCGUAAAGUGAAAAUGGGGGUGGACCCACCUAGCGGCUGUACAUUUAUAUCUUUGAAGUCAACAUCCAUGGUGAAGUUGGAAUCUUUGCAUCUUCGGUUAACGAAUGUGAAAUCAAUUGUCUCUUCUGAGAGAAGGGCUUUACGAAGAGAUCGUGUAAUAACACCGGUUAUGGGUGUGAAUGGAUCUUUGUUACAUCAAAGCAUGGCGUAUCUAGUUGUUGGAACUCGAAGGUAUUUAAAAGAAUUUCCCGAGCUUAUUAAGAUUGGAUUUAAUGCUUGGCGUAGCAGUUCGUCAUCCUAUCAAGUUGUACAAGAAUCAUAUUCGUGUUUGUUGAGAUUAAAAAGUUCGCCUGAAGAAGAUGCAGCUAGAAUGCAGCCAGGAUCUGGUGAAACUCGAUUGUUUUUGCCAGAUGGAUUUGGAGAUGAUCUGAUAAUUGAGGUCCAGGAUUCUAAUGGAAAGUGUUGUGGGCAUGCUCUAGUUCAAGUGGCUGAUAUUGCUGACGAAUCGGGGGACAAACUACGUCAGUGUUUUAUAUAUCGGGAACCGGAGCAUGAACAAGUCGGCAAAAUACAGUUAUGCAUCAGUUAUUCAACUACCACUGACGAAAGUAGUCGUAAGUGUGCAUCUGUGGCGGAGACAAUUGCGUACGAUAUUGUUUUAGAGACUGCGAUGAAAGUACAACAGUUUCAGCAAAGGAAUUUGUUACUACAUGGUCCAUGGAAGUGGCUGGUGACGGAAUUUGCAUCUUAUUUUGGAGUUUCAGAAGCAUACACGAAGCUCAGAUAUCUUUCGUAUGUUAUGGAUGUUGCUACUCCAACUGCAGACUGUCUUGAUUUAGUGCACGAUUUGCUGUUACCUGUGAUAAUGAAAGGGAAAACUAAAAGCACGUUGAGUCACCAAGAGGUUCGCCUAUUGGGAGAAGUAUCCGAAGAAAUCGAGCAAAUACUCACAUUAGUUUUCGAGAAUUACAAAUCACUCGACGAAUCAUCUCCCUCAGGUAUUGUAGAUAUUUUUCGACCUCCCACAGGAGUAGCAGCACCUGCUCUGGGCCCCGCUUUGAAGCUUUACAAGCUUCUUCACGACAUUCUUUCACCCGAGGUGCAGUCAAAGUUAUGCAGAUAUUUUCAGAAUGCUGCAAGAAAAAGGUCUAGAAGACACCUGUCAGAAACCGACGAAUUUGUUUCAAAUAAUCACGAAAAUAUAUUAUUGGAUCCAGUGGCUCUCAACACAGCUUACAAGAAAAUGAAAACACUUUGUCUGAAUAUCCGUAACGAGAUUUUGACCGACAUUGAAAUCCAUAAACGGGAUCUUCUUCCUAGUUUUGUAGAUCUUCCGAAUCUUUCAUCGUCUAUUUAUAGCACGGAACUGUACAGCAGAUUGAGGGCAUUCCUUAAUUCGUGUCCUCCUGCGGGACCCACACCUCCAGUCGUCGAACUUGUUAUAGCUACUGCCGAUUUUCAAAGGGAUCUUUCUUUGUGGAAUAUUAGUUAUAUUAAAGGUGGGGUUGACGCAAAAGAGUUGUUCCACGUGUAUAUAAGUAUUUGGAUUCAAGAUAAGCGUCUUGCUUUACUGGAAAUGUGCAAGCUUGAUUCGGUUAAAUGUCCGAGCUUAACCACACAGCAUUCCACAACUCCUUUUAUUGACGAUAUCUACGGCCGCCUAAAGGAGACACUUGCCGAGUAUGAUGUCAUCAUCAGUCGUUGGCCAGAAUAUACUUUUGCACUGGAAAAUGCGAUUGCGGAUAUCGAAAAGGCAGUAGUGGAAAGCUUGGAGAAGCAGUAUGCUGAAGUUUUAUCUCCGUUGAAAGAAAGCACAAUGCCUAUGAAAUUUGGACUCAAAUAUGUCCAGAAAUUCGCCAAGGGGAAUAUGCCCCCUUACAAUGUCUCGACCGAGUUGGGGGUUCUUUUGAAUUCCAUGAAAAGAAUGCUCGAUAUUUUACGACCCCAAAUAGAAUCACAAGUGAAGUUGUGGGGCCAGUGCAUACCCGAAAGUGGCAAUGUGGUCCCCGGUGAGAGCCUCAGUGAAAUUACGGUGAUGAUAAGAUCCAAAUUCAGAGUUUACGUGCAAGCGGUUAUUGAUAAACUUGUUGCAAAUACGAAACUGCACAACAUUACGAAGCUGAAGAAAAUAAUCCAAGAUUCGAAGGAUAAUGUGAUAGAAUCAGAUUUGAGAAGCAGAAUGCAGCCUUUGAAGGAGUUGUUGGCUAAUACAGUUAACCAAUUGCACGCUGUGCUCGAAACCCAAGUUUUUGUAAUACUUUGCCGAGCUUUUUGGGAUCGCAUGGGCCAGGAAGUGCUAAAGUUUCUUGAAGACAGGAAAGAAAAUAAAUCGUGGUACAAAGCCUCUCGAGUCGCAGUCACUGUUUUAGACGACACAUUUGCUUCGCAAAUGCAACGGUUGCUUGGAAAUGCGUUACAGGAGAAAGACAUCGAACCCCCUCGAUCUAUUCUUGAAGUUCGAUCGAUGCUCUGCAAAGAUGUGAAGAACAAUAAAGGAAAUAAUUACUAUUAUUAGAAUUUUCUGACAAAGUUUUCGAUGUUUUGAGAGAAAGGGGGGCUUACUCUAGUGAUGGAUGAAGAGAAGGCCAAUCCUCAUGGCUUAUUAAUUUAUUUAAUUUUCUUUUAUUUAUUAGUAUAAAUUAUAGGAAGAUCAAUAAUAGUUUUUUCAUGGAGCAGUUGGUAAUUUAUAAGAAAUAAAUAUUUUGUAUUAUAGCUAUAUUUCAUUUCAAAUGCUUUCUACGUUAAUUAAUUUUCAGGUUA